AUGAGUAGCAUUAUGACAGAGCUUGCCAGCAGUGUGGCAGGUACCCCUUUCCGCGGACGGGCAGCGCAGGACGUUGCCGGGCUGGAGCUGUGGGGCGAGGACGAGGAGCUGACGUUCCCGUCGUUCCCCAAGCGGUUCCAGGCGCAGGCGGGCGAGGCCGGGCCGGCGCCCGCGGCCGAAAAGCCCGACGAUGAGACGUCGAUCGAGCAGCUUCUGCACAAGGACGAGGCGCUCAGCACCAACACGGACUUCUGGCGCGAGGUGCGCGCGUCCAGCGAGGCCGAGCCCGCGGGCUCGCCCGCGGGCAGCGCGGCCGCGGCCGCGCUAGGCGAGAGUCUCACGGAGCCGCUCUCGCCGCUGUCGCCGGCGCCGCGCGCCGCAUCCGAGACCCGGCUGGAGGACUUCAUCCGCGACGUCGGGCCCCUCCACGCCGCGUCGCCCGGCAGCUUCCAGCCCGACUUCCAGAUCAAGCGUCUGUGCUUCCGCGACGCGGAGGGCAAGCUCGCGCUCACCGCCGUGGGCAGCUCCCACGUCCACAAGCCGGCACACAGGCACCCGCAUAACCACAAGAAGCUGCUAAAGAAGGUGCUGCGUCGCAAGAGCGGCCUCUGGGAGAUGGCGAGCCCCAGCUUCGCCGUCGCGGAGUUCAUGCUGUUGUGA